AGAUAAUAAAGAUUUCCUUCUAUAACAAGUUUGAGAAUGGCCGCCAUCAACACUACACUUGUGUUUACUGUUCUUUGUCUUUUCAUAGUAUCCGAGAUUGGAAUGCCCAUGGUUGAAGCUCAAGUCCAAAGACCAGAUUGCGUACCAAAGUGUGAAUCGAGAUGCAGCAAGUCAUGGAAACCGAAGAUGUGCCUUAAAACAUGCAUCGCUUGCUGUAACACCUGCGAGGGAUGUGUGCCUCCAGGCCCUACUGCUAACAAGGAAGUUUGCCCCUGUUAUGCCCAAUACAAGAAGGGCAGGUGCCCUUAAUUUCAACACACUCUCUCUCGUUAAUUUCCAUAUCAUUACCACUUGUAUUUCAAACAAAAUAUUGUAAUUAAUUCCAUUCAUCUUUCAUGUCCUCUCAAUAAUGAUGCAAGUUUAAGCUUGCUUACUUAUUUCCUCUA